UCCUUCCUUGCCUGACACCUUUGUGGCACAACCUCUUCUUUUCCAAGGCCCUUACUUCUUGAUGGUUUCCCUUGGGACCCUCACCUCUCUAUCUGCAUUCUUGCUUCAGGAAGAUCUUCCUCUUUAUCCUUCAGCCAUAUUGUCAUGUUUGGCAACACUGCUAGUGAAGGUAUUUAAAGAUCCAGUCUGAGCAAUAAGAUACUACUGGUAUGAUCUUCUGGCUAUUGGUAGCAUAUGGAUACACCAGUCAUCUUAAGCAAAGCUUCGAUCUGCUUGGAGAGAUGUUGACAAAAGAACACAACACAAGAGCACCAUCCCUUGAGGCAUGAAUUAUUUGAAGCAGAAUAUGCAAGUCAUUUUAAAUAUUCAGCUUCUAGAAACUCUCAGCCAGCAUGGGUAACUUUUCCAAGCUGUGAUUUGAAAUUUCCAAUGAUAACACUUUUGGGCAACUUCUUCUCCAAGGUGGUCACGCCAGAAGCAAGUCAGAAAGAAGAGAUUGUUGAAGCAAGACUAGCCAAGACUGGUUUGAAGUCACCCAACUUUUGCAAAGGAGAGGCACCAAAGGUCUCCCUUCCCACUGGCCAAAGGAUGCCUCCCCAGGAGUUACUGGAUUACUCCCCCUUGAGAAGGAGAAGAAGAUGCAGCACCCCCAGCAGAGGCAGUGGCUCAGAGCUGGGCAUCAAAUGUGUCCUCAUUGGGGAUGGGGCAGUGGGCAAAACCAGCCUGAUUGUGAGCUACACCACCAAUGGCUACCCUGAUCAAUACCAGCCCACUGCCCUGGACACCUUCUCAGUUCAGGUCCUGGUGGAUGGUGCACCAGUCCGUAUCCAGUUAUGGGACACUGCAGGACAGGAAGAUUUUGAUUGCCUGCGUGCACUCUGUUAUUCUGACACUGAUGUCUUCCUGGUCUGCUUCAGUGUUGUCAACCCUACAUCCUUCCAAAAUAUUACAGAAAAAUGGAUCCCCGAAAUACGAACUCACAAUCCACAGACUCCAGUGGUUCUAGUUGGAACACAGGCUGAUUUACGGGAUGAUGUCAAUGUGCUGAUCAGCCUGGACCGCUGCCACGUAAAGCCUGUACCAAGAACUCAGGCUGAAGGCCUGGCUGAAAAAAUCCGGGCUCAGACUUAUGUAGAGUGCUCUGCCCUGACUCAAAAGAACUUGAAGGAGGUGUUUGACACAGCCAUCGUCAGUGCUGUGGAACACAAGGCGCAACAGGAAAAGAAAAUGACCGCCAAGGGAAUCAAAACCCUCUCCAAAUGCCGAUGGAAGAAAUUUUUCUGCUUUGUCUGAAGCUGGUUUGGCCUAAAAGCCAGACAUGGACCUCAGUACUUCUCCCUGAGAGGGUGAAGUAACUGACUAACAGCUUCAUCAAGGAGAGUGUUGUAAGCCAAAGUGACCUGGAGCCCCACCUCUUACUGGGUUAUGGUAGGACUUGCCUGGAAGACAGGAAGUGGACUUGUAUAGCAUCAAGACAUUGAAUGGGCCAUGCAGCCUUUAACCAACUGGGAGGUCUUGCCCAGGGCCAGGGCCAAAGACAUUCUUCUGCCUGAGGCAGAGAAGACAGAGCUGUCCACACUCAACAUACAGAAGUUAACUAUACUAGCAGUUGAAUCAGUAGAGCUUCCCCAUCAGAUGUGAGGAUAGGAGAUAGUUUAAGGGAUACAAUGCAAAUUAGCUUAGAUGGUUCAAGAGGAGCAAUGAGAGGCUCCUGCUGUUGCCAAACCUGCCACCUGAGGUGAGGACAAGACUUGGGUUUGUUGCUUUGUUUAGACUCUGAAGUUACUAUUUUACAUAAUCAGGCAGUGUGGUCAUUUUCAGAAGCUCCUUCCUGAAAAUUAAUUAAAUGUUGAUUUCAAACUUUGAAAGUUAUAUCUAAUUUUCAGCACACAGUUUAAGAUAGACUGAGUUCUUCACAGCAAGUAGAAUGCAAAAUAAUAUGACCUGCUCAGGUGAAAGGAUCAAUUUCACCUUCCCUUCAAACAGGACAAAGGUAAAAUGUAAAGUGGGAAUUGCAAAAUGGGAGAAGCAUGUGAUGAAAGAAUAGAAGAAAGGAGAGAGAGAGAAUUUGAAAAUGUUACAUUUUUGGAUAACUGCAUCUGGAGUCCCUCAUGUUAGAUGAGGGAUUCUGAGAGUUGUAGUCUAUAGUUUCCCCAAGGCCUGAAGUGGGGGGAUGCUAGAGUUUAAAGAGGUUUAAAGGAAGGAACAGAGCAACUUUGGGAGGGAGAGCUAAUAGUGCUGGAGUUUAAGUAAUGCUGGCAGGCAAUUGUUAAGCAACUGGAAUGCUUAAUGACUUCAUUGGUUGAUUGUUAGUCAUACCUCAGAUUCAAAUGAAGGAAGUUGACCUGGGAAUGAGGAAAUACAAUUGUCAGGGAAAUAAAAUGUUUUAUGUGAUAUAUAAAAAGCAAGAGGAGACUACAUUUCUCCUUGCGUGGGGAAAACACUUGGCCCUGCUCCCUAUGGUUGUAGAGUGAGAACCAUGUGUCUAGAGAAUAGUUGUGUACUACAACCAUUAGGUUGGUAUCACAGGGGAGCACACAUAGAUAAAGAUGGAGCACUGAAUCGUAAUGCAAGCUUGAAGCUUUCUAGAAGACACAGGAAGGCUUACUUCACUCUGUACACACUACAGGGGAAGAAACAGCAUUGUUUUAGAAGUGCAUACACUGUACUAUAAUUUCAUGGUUUCAGCUCUGUUACGGCAUUAUUCCAAAGCAUGUGGAAAUGAGACAUGAAGAGGAUGUAUGGCCACACACAGAAGUUCUGAUAAGGUUCUAUUCCCAACCUCAGUGUGGGGAUUAGUGCAAAGGUUUGAAGCACUGAGGCUUAGUUAGGAAGGUUCCUGGCAUUGUUGGGUUUCAGCUUCCACAAUCUGUCACUAUUAGCCAUGGUGAAAGGUCUUGCAUGGUGACUGGGACUUCUAUGAGUUUGAGUCCAACAGCAUCUGGAACUCUCCUGCCCUCAUUGAUAAUCUAUGGUAGGGAGAUUCAAAGAACAUACAGCUGAAUGUCUUUGAUGGUUUCUUGCCAUCUUUAAUUCUGUAUUCUCAUGGUUCCUGAUCAAAAGCAUUAAGUUGGCAACACUCAGAAUACUGUAUUCCUUUAAUGGUUCACAACAUUUGGCUUCGAGAUGUUUUGGACUGCAACUCACAAAGGCCCCAGCUAGCCUAUUUAAUUCUCAAGGAUUCUGGAAUUUGAAGUCCAAAACAUCAGGUGGACCAAAGACUGAGGACUGCUGCUUUAGAUAUUCAUGGUGAACAUGCAAGGUCAGGUAGAUCAAGAAGCAAGUCGUGGGGAAUUGGCAUCUACACCUUCUUUACACAUUACUUUGACAUGGUUUGGCAUAAUGCAUACAUAAAGCUUAAGUCUCUUGUAAUUUUAAGACUGAAAAUGUUAUAAAUGGGAGUAUUUCAGAAUUUAAGUUACUUAAGGCUGGAAACCUCUUUGAAUAUUUCAGAAUUCAAGGUACUUAAGGCUGGAAUCUAUUGCCUAAGGAGCUAUCCAGUACUUCCUUGUGCAACACCUUUGUCCUAGAUGGUUCCUAGGUACAUCCCCACCACUCUAGUCAGUAAUUAACCAUAGAGAUGUACCUGAAUGCUGUCUUGUGCAUUUGGAAAGAAGAAGCAGCCUCCAUUGUCAUCUAGGGGCUAAAAAUUCCCCUAUCUCCCAUGGUGUGCAAAAGCACUCUUACAGGCUGACCUUAUGCAUCCAGGGAAGGAGAAAUAGCUAAUUAAUCCUCCAAGAAUCAACAUAAGUAGUAGUGGAGAUUUAUACUUCACUCAUAGGCCAAUAAGAUCUCGGCCUCUGCAGGUCUUCAGGAAGUGUAAGCAAGUAGCUAGAAUGUAAGCAGCUUUGCUUAUAUGCAUGGAUCAUUGUUCUUAGGGCCACUUCACAUAUAGUGAGAGAAAUAUGAUUUCUGUGUAGUAAAUAGCAUCCAAACUGGGCACAUGUGAUUAUUAUCAAUACCUCCUUUUUUGCUGCACACACUUAUAGUGGGAAACUGAGCCAUGACUUCCAAGCAUUUAUAUGAUCAGCACCCAGUUUUCUGGUUGGAAACAUAUCAUGUGGUUGAAGCAUCAGUGUCCCCAUGUUGCACAGCAUGGUUUUGCUUUAUCAUUGCAGGGGGAACCUUGCAUGUUGGGUCUUUAUGCAUUUCCACUGUGUACACUGAGAGUUUCUUGAAAUACAACUGAACAUUAGGGCAGUCUAGAGCUAGGGAUCAAAUCUCAAAGGCCGUGCCAACAGCAGAAUUUCUCUGCGUCCACCACAGUACUGAGGGAUUCAUGGGAGAUAAUCAGCUCAUGUAGCAUUGUGUAGAUGCUAAAAUGUUCCUUCCAGAUAAAGAAAUAGGACUCAGUCCUGUGCCCAUUGUGCUAGAGACUAUGUAUCAUACCCUGUUAAAUGAGCAAAUAAAGAUGUUCUGUUUG